AUGUUUCUCCUCGAUCGGACAGCUCUUAUCGUGUUUCCACUUUGUGUUGGUUUUGUUGGCUCUUGUACGAUAACAACUAUUCAUAGUCUCAAAGCGUACAUCUUUUUCAUCGAAAAAUUUCCCAAAGAAACUUCCAGUGACGCUGGUGACGAAAAACAAAAAAGAUCGAGCGAUUUUCUAGAGAAACGAGUUCUUCCAGAAAUCGCAAUCAAUCUUGCCCCAAAUUAUUGGUAUUCUUCCUUGAUUUCAAUCAGGAACUCGAUAAAAGACGAGAAAAAGGUCAACUUUGGCCUUUCAGACGAGCCUUACUCUGAAGUCGUUCGAAAAUCCGAGUUGCUGGUGCAAAUGAUAGAAGAUGAAAUUCAACCACAACGAGAAAAAUUUCUCCAGGAAAAUUCAAAUUUGUCGAAAAUCGAAGCAGAUCGGGCCUCAGUGCAGCAGCAGAUUCAACUCAGAACCGAUUUCGAGGCGACGAUAGAAAACACAUUAUUGGAAAUGUUUGGCGGUGUAUAUUCAUCCAACAAUGAAGAGGAAUCCCAGACAGCCCUCGAUAAUUACAAAAUGCGACAUGAAUCCUUGCUGAAUGUCGCUUUAACUUGGAAGAAAAUAACGGCAAAGUUUGAAUCGACUUACCGACUUUUGCAGCUCGCGAAAAAAUUGAUGAAAAAUAAAAGCGCAGAGCGAAAAAAGCAGAUGAAGCGUUCUGGUGAUAGAAUUUAUAGCUCUGGAGUUGAAAAUCUUAAGCACUUAACUAUCGUUGGGAAAAUGAUUCAGAUUCCUUGCCCAUUUGCUGAAGACGAUGCAAAUGCUCUGAUCGCUGUUGGCAAUCAGCUCUCUUGGUACAGCAGUUCGAAGAAUACGAUCACGACGAAGAACAUUUACUUGCUCCUGCGAACACUUCAGUCAAAGCUCAAAGAAUCAAUAAGGUGGUGUCACACGAUUUACGAGGACAUUAUUGAGCAAGACUUGGAAACAUCUUCAGAUCAUUUCAACACGAUGAAGAGAAUGAUGGCGGAUCAACGAAGAGAACUGGUCUCGAAGACGAUGAAACGACUCACUGGCAAAGAACUGGACGGAUACGAAGCAGAUUUUAAUGCGUUCACAGAUUUGCCCCCGAAAGUCAAUCCGCUCAAAAAUAUCAAGUUUUUAUCGAGAAUAUCAUCUGCCUGCACAGAAUCUACGAUUUGA